AGAAGAAAACACAAGCAACAGCGGUAUCGAUUGAAGAAAUUUCCUCUCUUUUUAAGCGGAAUCAGCCGAAGCUAUCACCACCGUUCAACUCGACCAUGGAUUAUUUGCAGAAGCAAUCACCAUCGUUCAACUUGACCAUAGAUUAUUUGUAGAAGUAAUCACCGUCGUUCAACUCGACCAUGGAUUAUCAACAGAAGAAAUCAUCACCGUUCAACUCGUUCAUGGAUUAUCAACAGAAGCUAUCACUGUCGUUCAACAAGUGGUCUGAUUCAAAGGUUAGCAGAAAGUAUAUUGACGAUGAUGUUGCCUUCCAUGUUCUUUCAAAACUCCCCAUUAAAUCAUUGAAGCGUUUUGGUUGCGUACGCAAAUCAUGGUCCAUUUUAUUUGAAAAUUCUCAUUUCAUCAAUAUGUUUCGCAACCAUUUCAUUUCUCAUAGCAAUUCCGACGAUCAUCAUACAUAUCUCCUCAUAUUUAAACGUGAUUGUGCUGAUCGUUACCAUCCUGAAUUGCAUUUGCUCGAUAGUAGAAUCAAAUUAACUUUGCCACCUCCAUUUCAAGAGGUUGACCUUUAUCUUAAUAUUUUGGGAAAAACAAGUGUUAACGGUAUUUUUUGUAUCGGGAGAAAUUAUGAAGGGGGAGAUUCUAAUAAGGUCAAAUAUGUAUUGUGGAACCCAGCUAUCGAAGAAUUCGUUGUCAUUCCUCCUAGCCCCGAUGAGCUUGUACCAAAACACCCCCGCCUUCGCGUGUUUCAUGACUUUCAUGGGUUUGGUUAUGACCAAGUAAGAGAUGACUUUAAGGUGAUUCAAUAUGUAACAUUUGAUAGCUCAAGUUGUAAUGACUAUGACCCUGAUUCUCCUCCACCACAAGGUAUAAUGUAUUUCUCCUUUUUUGAGAUAUAUAGUCUAAGAAAUAAUUCUUGGAAGAUACUCCACAUGGACGAUAUGGCUAACUGGUAUGUUGGUAAUGCAUUUUAUGGGGAGGAAUUGUACAUGAAUGGUGCAUGUCAUUGGUUGGUUACGGGUAGACACGAUCAAAUAUUUAUGAUGUCAUUUGACAUGAGUCAUGAGGUGUUCUUUACAACACCCAUUGAUGAAAGAUCUGAUUUGGAUGAUGGACACUUGACGGCGUUAAAUGGAUCAAUUGCUUUUAUCAUAAAUCAUGACAAGAAUAAUAUUUUUCACAUAUCUAUUCUGGGUGAACUCGGUGUGAAAGAAUCAUGGAUCAAACUAUUUAUUUGUGGUCCCAUGCCUUCCAUUGACUGGCCCCCAAUUGGAUUUGGGAAGAAGGGAUACAUAUUUUUUAGAAAAAUAGAUGAUGAGCUAGCCUAUGUUGAUUUGAGCACCCAAAUAAUUGAGGAGCUUGGGAUUAAAGGAGAAGAUUAUUGUUGUUAUAUCGGACUUUACAAGGAAAGUCUUCUUUCGAUUGGAGGAUCAAGUAACUAGUUUUUUUUUUCUCUUUUUGUUUUCACCCGGAGGUAUAUUGCUAUGGUUAUUAGGUUUUUUACCAUGUAUACAAAGUGAUUUGUCAACUUCAGAAAU